AUGGGGUAUGGCGGUGAUCAGGACACUGGUAUGGGGUAUGGAGGUGAUCAGGGUGCUAGUAUGGCAUAUGGCGGUGAUCAGGGUGUUGGUUUGGCAUAUGGUGGUGAUCAGGACACUGGUAUGGUGGUGAUCAGGACAUUGGUAUGGGGGUGUUUUGUGUGCACUGGGACAGGUGACGGGUCUCCCUGCAUUAUUUAUUAUGGGCAUUGUGGGGCAGUGUUUAGGGACACAUGGGGCAUUAAAUUGGAGCACUGGGGUGGCACUGCAGAGUGUGUGUGUGUCCUGACAGGCUUC